CUAUUCUAUGCAACUUUGGCACCAAUUCUUCAACCAACUAUUCUAUGCAACUUUGGCACCAGUUCUUCAACUACCAUCUUCUACACCCAUCAUGCCAUGUGGUCAACCUCGCACUCAAAUCAGUAUCUCCUGCUUUACCCUGAUCAAAACAUUUCUGUACCCUUUCAUGUCCCUGCACGAAAUAAAACUGGCACCAACCGAAGAAAAGAUCAUAACCAAGAUCAAAACAUACGCACAUACACUGCAGGGGAUAGUGCCACGUGUUGCUGGCGGAUGGGUACGUGAUAAGCUGCUGGGCAAGGUGAGCAAUGACAUCGACAUUACGAUCAACAGAAUCAGCGGAUAUGCAUUCGCACAUGGAAUGCAAGAGUACUACGGUAUUACCGGCAGUAUCGGACAGAUCAAGGCUAAUCCCGACAAGUCCAAGCAUCUGGAGACCGCUGUGAUGCGUAUCGAGGGCGUGUUCGUGGACUUCUUGUCGUUACGAACUGAAGAGUACUUUGAUACGCGUAUACCGGUGGUAAAGAGCUGCAGUGCACAGGAAGAUGCGUUCAGAAGGGAUUUAACCAUCAAUGCGCUGUUCUACAACAUUAUGGAGCAGUGCAUCGAAGACUUUACGGGCAGGGGACUGUCAGACCUUGAGCACGGUGUUAUACGAACACCCAUGGACCCAUUAAAAACGCUCAUCGAUGAUCCGCUGCGCAUACUCAGAAUAAUCCGCUUUAGCGUGCGCUUCAAGUUCAAAAUUGCAGACGGGCUGUUCGUAGCAUUUCAGAACGAGCACGUGCGCACAAAUCUGCACAAGAAGAUCAGCAACGAGCGCAUAGGUCAGGAAAUGUACAAAAUUCUUGGGUACGAGCACUUCAUACACGCAUUUAGAGUUAUGGUUGGCUGUGCGCUUGUGCCUGCCAUCUUCAAAAGACGUAUACCGAUCGAUCAGCACGAUCUCAUGCACGUGUACCGCAACUACGUCCGGCUGCAGAGGUACUUUGUGUUUGAUGAGCGGCUUGCCAGGCUGUACAUCAUGCUGCUGCACAAUGCGUGUGUUAGCGUAGAAAAUACGUUCAGUAACUUUUUGAUUGUUAAGAACUGCCUGUGCUACGGUAAAAGGGAAUUUGGGAAAGUUAAGGUGGUGGAGAAGAAUUUAUGUUUGCUAAGGAAGGUGAAUGAGCGUAUGAGUGCUGAGGAUGCGGUGUUUUUGGUUAGGCAUAUGAAAGAAGAGUAUGAGCUGUCGUUUUUUGUGUAUUUGAUGGUGGCAGAUUAUGGGGACGAUGAGGUGUUAUGUAGCUAUGAGGGAGUUGUUGGGAUGCAUGGUGGUGAUGAGAAGGGAAUUAGUGAGGAAGGGAAUGAAGAGCAAAGGAAUGAAGAGCAAAGGAAUGAAGAGCAAAGGAAUGAAGAGCAAAGGAAUGAAGAGCAAAGGAAUGAAGAGCAAGGCAAUGAAGAGAUAACGCUCAGUACCAGGAAGAACAGACUUGAAAGUGAAAAAUCCAUGAAGAGAAAACAAAGCACCAAAAAGGAUAUGAAUGAGAUGCAGUACGAUCAACAAUACGAGAGAUGUGAAGAAAGGGUUAUGCACGAGGAGAACGCGGCAGAAAAGAUGCUCACACAUGAACGCGUUCAUAACAUUACGAUGGAAGAACAUGAGCGCACCGGAGGAUCCUUAACAAGAGAAAUGGAGCAUUUGCACAUUCACGAGGACACUAACACCACGUUAAUGAGUGAUAAACAAGGCAAUUCACAGGAGGCGUCCUCAGCAAGCACAAAUGAUAAACUGAACAGACCAUCAACAGGCACAAACACCGUGCACGAAUCGCUCAGGCAGUACGCAAACGCGAACAAACACCUGAUCCUCCACAUCCUCAGAACAAUUCGUCCGUAUAAAAAACUGCUGUUUACCAAAACAUUCACCUUCAACGGCCGCACAAUCUUUGAUUCGCUCGGCAUCGACCAGAACGAAAUAUCGUUUUAUCUUGAGAUGGCCAAGGUGCAACAAAUCGUGCAUGGUGUUGCGGAUGGUGACAUUAUGGACAGGUUGAAGGUGAUCAAAGAGCAGCAACGCAUAAAAGGGUUUAGAACGUUCUAUUUGACAAAUAUCUUCUGAAUGGCGUUGCAAGAGCACGUGCUGCGGUGUGGUUAUUAGCGUGCUAUACGUGCCCGUGUUGUUACGAUGCCUGUUCGGGGGAAGUACCAAACAAGCUCUUGAUAAAAACUGUGCUUUUAAUUUCGUUCUAAAGAUUUGUUGGUGUUUGCGGGUUGAUCUGAACCGUAGUACACGUUAAUUAAGUUAUUGAUAAUUUAUUUUGAAAAAUUGCCUUCCGCUCGAUGUCUACGGAACAAGCAAUGAUUAUCCCCUAACCAUUACUUCCUCGUAUAAACAGCAAAUGAAGUAUUCC